GAACCUGCUGACCGACCGUGAUGUACGCUCUUCUUGUGCGCCUUUGCUUAACAGCGACUCUGUUCUCCGCAGUCCUUGCUGUUUUGCCGUCUUACAUAAAGCCGUGCAAGAAGAGCGAUCCAGAUAUCAACAAAUGCAUCACCAGGUCCAUCGACCAGCUUCGUGAUAAAUUAUCAGUUGGGAUACCAGAACUCGGAGCACCAGCCAUCGAACCCCUAAACCUCAAACAAAUUCGUCUGUCUCGAGGACCAGUCGGAGCGAGGCUCGACGUCAAUCUCACGGAUUUGCGGGUGUUUGGUCCAUCUUCGUUCAAUAUCCGGGACCUUAAAGCUGACGUAGAGAACGUGGUCUUCACCUUCAAAGUGAAUUUCGAUAAGUUGAGCUUUCAAGGGAAGUACCAGAUCGACGCAAGACUGCUUUUGCUGAAAUUGACAGGGCAGGGUGAUAUCACUGGAUCUUUCACCGAUUAUGAUUCGGACGUGGUCCUACGAGCACGUAAAGUGCACAGAGAUAACGACGUCUACCUUAAUUUUGAGAAGAUGAAGAUGAAGAUCAAAAUCGGCAAGGCGCAUUUAAAUCUCAGUAAUUUGUUUGGCGGCGAUACUGUUCUUGCCGCUACCACGCACGAGUUGUUAAACAACAACAACGCGCUAUUUCUGGACGAAAUCACACCGGUGCUGGAAACAUCGCUGGCAACACUUUUCACGGACGUGGCCAAUAAAAUCACAAAGACUUUCACGUACAAAGAACUAUUUCCGGACGAUUAAACUGUCUAAAUCGUUAAGAUUCGGUUUCGAUAAUCUUGUAAAAAUUUGUACAGCUAUUUUUGUUAUCUUUUAUUGUCAAUGUAUAUUCAUACGGGCAUACAUUUGCAUACGUCGUAUAUUUUAUAAACGAAUAAAAGAACACAUUUCGAUAUUGUUAUCUUGUUAAAGAAUUAACAACGAAUAAUUGGAAAAUAAAAUAAAUGUAUAACAUUUGGAAAAGCAUUUAGGCGUGCUUUUAAAAUUGGUGUAGAUCGUAUAUUGUUAAAUGUUACUGUAAAAUCAAUGUAAGAUAUAUUCAGCUUAAGAUUUAUUAUAACACUUAUUCGGUUUAUUACAAAAGUUUUCGAUCAACGAACGACAAACAAGAAACCAGACAGAAAAUGGUCAACAUGAUACGUAGUUGUGACAAACGAUAUUAUAAUGUAGUUAUGAAAUUGUGUAAUUACGUCGUAACAUGUCAAACGAUUUGUACAAAAGUAGGCGAAUAAUUUUUAAUGUACGAAGGAAUGUUCAAUUGUAACGAAACAUUUUGCCCCAUGAAUAAUAAAAUUUUAUCAAAAGAUCGUAAAAUGAUUUGCUUUAACAAUUACACCUGAAAAUUAAUAACAAACGUAUAAUAUUCGAUAUCUAUAU